AUGCCAGGUACUGUCGACAUCUAUGUUAGUUCGGUGUUGUACUUUGAUGGCAACCCCGCUAAAGAGAAAGAAGGCGCUCAUCAACAACGUGAGAAGGUCCGGCAGGAUGCUUCGAAGAAGGCUGAGGAGGAGGUCGAUGAGUUUGCGGGACGGGUGGACGCGGGACUUAGGAUCCGAAAACAACAUUACAUCAACAUAUACAAGAACCUCAGCAAAGGAUUCAAGUGGAAGGACAGCGACAAGGACUCAAUGAUUAAGUAUCUCACGCAGGAGAACUGCAAUGUGGUCCUAUCUGCCACCGACGCUGGUGUCAAGAUUGCGGAGGACUUUCAGAAGGGUUAUAUUGUCGUUUCCGUCGAUUCUGACUUGGCGGUUCAUCCCCGUAUCUCGUUGGUGUGGCGUCCGAUAUCACAAGGCCGUUUUCUUGAGUACAGGUUGAAUAAGGUUUUGGCAGCCCUCGGAGGUUUCAGCAGGAAACAUUUGACGGUUCUCGGAAUCGUCCCGCAUAACGAUUACAACAAGAACAUCCAUGGACUUGGAUGCGCAACCAACUUUGGCUUAGUCAAAGGUCUACCAGAAGGGGAAAUUUCGAUGAUGGUGGAGAAUUAUCUUGCGGAUCCCAGAGUCGCGCUCAAGAACAAGGCGGCGAUCAACUUUGGGACGUCCAUUAAGGUAUUUGGUAGUGGAAAGCAGACGGCUCUUCCACGCUCUGAGCCUGACGCAGAUGCACUUUCAGUCGACAAGCUCAAGGCCAAGUUUAACGUCGUCAAGGACCGACUUGCCCAAAAGACGAAGGCCGAUUCGGAAGCGAGGCUUUCGGCGAUGAGUGCUUCGACCGGCGCUCGUGUGUACCGACACAAGGCGAGCCAGCAGUUCAACCGGUACAGAGUAAUCGACCAACUUCCACCACGGGAGAAGCAGGCUCGCAGGGAUAAGAACAGGAUCGCUACUGGAGCAACGUCAUCACAGCAAACGACAGCCUCGACCUCGUUUCGACCCCGAUUCUCCUUGAAGUCCCACAUAAGGGCUCAUCAUGAGCCUCCGAGGGCGAUGAAGCAGUACACGCUCAAGCCAUGGAAGAGCAAGACCGAAGACCCUGAUAACACCCCCACCAUGCCAAUCAGCGACAAUACGAGGAGCCCAAGGUGUCACUACGAGGACCCCGUCUGCCAGCUGUUGAUGCUCAACUGGUCAAAGCCCUUGCCUGAGCACCUUUUUGCAACCCUCGAGAUUGGCACUGUUGCCACAAGCGUCAGGAGCGCAUUGAAGUUCAAGGAUGCCACAAAGGAUCCGGUGAUCGCAGCAAGGAUAACGAGGUGGCUGAUGAGACGAUCAAUUAGGAGACUAAUCGAACCAAGCGGAGAUGGCAGCAACUAUUCGGCACCUUUAUCGACAAAGUCAGGACUGAUGGCCCCACUUAAUCCAAUGAUGAUGUUGUACAAUGGUUACCCCUUUUUCGAUUUCGCAAUUGUGCAAAAGACAUAUGGAUCUGCCAGACGCAAUAAUCAACCAGACAAUCGUUUGUUUAUUCCUGUCAGGAUUCAUGGAGAUCAGCACCUUACACUCAUCGACACAGGGGCAACACACUCGUUUAUCAGCGCCAGAAUCGUAAGUCAAUAUGCAAUCCCGGUUAACAAGAUGACAGGAUGCAUUGAGUUAGCAGACUCUUCAACCAUUCAACGCGUCGGCGAGACCGAGAACGUGGAGGUGGUUUGUGGAUCGAACUUGCUUUGCGCACCAUACGAGGUUAUUGAUCAACAGCAUGCCCUUACCGUUGGUAUGGAUCUCUUUCGUCGGUAUGGCUUCAACGUAAUAGGACUACCUGAUCCAGUCAAGUCACCUGAUCGGUUACCCAUGCCUGUCGAAGACGAAAAGCCAACUUUGAUGCCUCUUACGAUUCCCGAGAUCCAAAGGACGUGUGUCAGAGUAUCCACUCUGUAUGACUGUCAGGUGACGGUCACGCAUAGGUCAUGGAUCAAAUCCCGCCAUGACCACUAA